AUGGCCCCGAGCGUCCCCCUGGUGGCCGCCGCCCUGGCGCUGUGCCUGCUGCUGGCGCCGCCCGGCCUCGCGUGGUACAAGCCGGCGGCCGGGCCCAGCUCCUACUCCGUGGGCCGCGCCGCGGGGCUGCUGGCCGGCUUCCGCAGGUCCCCGCACGCGCGCCGCUCCGAGCCCCCCGGGAGCGCGGGACCCCCGGGCCGGGCCGCCGCCGAGCCCCGCCGCCCGCGGAGCCUCGCCGCGUGUGUCCAGGACGUGUCCCCGCACCUGCGGAGCUGCGAGCGGCUCCCCGACGGCCGCGCCACCUUCCAGUGCCGGGCGGACGUGUUCCUGUCGCUCCGCGCCGCCGACUGCCGCAGCGCCUGA